CCAAGGCCCCCGGCUGGCGCCGCCGCCAUCCCGGCGCGUCACUGCGCAGGUGCGGCCCGCGAGCUUCGGGUGUCUUGAGGCGCCGGGCUGCGGGCUCUCAGGAGCGCGGGGGUUUGAGGCCUGCUUUCGGCUCGGGCCCGCCGAGCAUACCUGAGGCACCGUGGCGCAGCAAGCCGAGCAAGCCGAGCCGCCCCGCGCCCUGGGCAGUGUGGCCAUGGAGAAUCAGGUGUUGACGCCGCAUGUCUACUGGGCUCAGCGACACCGCGAGCUGUAUCUGCGCGUGGAGCUGAGUGACGUACAGAACCCUGCCAUCAGCAUCACUGAAAAUGUGCUGCAUUUCAAAGCUCAAGGACAUGGUGCCAAAGGAGACAAUGUCUAUGAAUUUCACCUGGAGUUCUUAGAACUUGUGAAGCCAGAGCCUAUUUACAAACUGACCCAAAGGCAGGUAAACAUUACGGUACAGAAGAAAGUGAGUCAGUGGUGGGAGAGACUCACCAAGCAGGAGAAACGACCACUGUUUUUGGCCCCUGACUUUGAUCGUUGGCUGGAUGAAUCUGAUGCGGAAAUGGAGCUCAGAGCUAAGGAAGAAGAGCGCCUGAAUAAACUCAGACUGGAAAGCGAAGGCUCUCCUGAAACUCUUGCAAACUUAAGGAAAGGAUACCUGUUUAUGUAUAAUCUUGUGCAAUUCUUGGGAUUCUCCUGGAUCUUUGUCAACCUGACUGUGCGAUUUUGUAUCUUGGGAAAAGAGUCCUUUUAUGACACAUUCCAUACUGUGGCUGACAUGAUGUAUUUCUGCCAGAUGCUGGCAGUUGUGGAAACCAUCAAUGCAGCAAUUGGAGUUACUUCGUCACCACUACUGCCUUCUCUGAUCCAGCUUCUUGGAAGAAAUUUUAUUUUGUUUAUCGUCAUUGGCACUAUGGAAGAAAUGCAAAACAAAGCUGUGGUUUUCUUUGUGUUUUAUCUGUGGAGCAUAGUUGAAAUUUUCAGGUACCCCUUCUACAUGCUAACGUGCGUUGACAUGGAUUGGAAGGUGGUCACAUGGCUUCGUUACACUGUGUGGAUUCCCGUAUAUCCACUGGGAUGUUUGGCGGAAGCUGUCUCAGUGAUUCAGUCCAUUCCAAUAUUCAAUGAGACGGGACGAUUCAGUUUCACAUUGCCAUAUCCAGUGAAAAUCAAAGUUAGAUUUUCCUUUUUUCUUCAGAUUUAUCUUAUAAUGAUAUUUUUAGGUUUAUACAUAAAUUUUCGUCACCUUUAUAAACAGCGCAGACGGCGCUAUGGACAAAAAAAGAAAAAGGUCACCUAAAAAGAAAGAUUUAGUGGCUUCUUGCCAGUUUGGGCCUAAUCUGAUUCUUACAGUUUUACCUUGUUGUACCAAUGUAAAAGUUUUUUUAAUGUUAAAUGAUGAAAUCCUCAGUGAGGCUAUCUUCCUUUUCCCCAGUAGCAUUCCUGAAUUUAUUGUUAUCUUAUUGUAGUACUUGCAUGACAUGGAUUCCUGAUAUCUGAUGAGGUUCAUUCUUGUGUAUUCAGUUAAUGACAGCAAAAGGCUCAGCCCACCCCAACUCUAGCUCAUGUUCAGUCUGUGUAAUACAUGCCAGAUAUUUUUUUCAAAAAGUGCUUUAUCCCUACAGUGUAUUGACAGUUCUUAUAGUUGAGAUUUGUUCUUUUCAGCUAUUGCUUGUGAAAAAAAGCAAGACUAUAUCACUCUAUAAAAGGCUGUUAAAGUGACUCAGGCAGGACUUAAUUAUUCGUACCUAAGGGGUUCCUUGUUUAGUGGGAUAGCACUGACUUUUUGAAAAUGAAGUAGACUGAGUCAUUGAUAAAACAUUUCUAAGAGUGGGGCUAGAGAACAUGUUUUACAUCUGACAUCCUUUGGCCUAACAUCUAUUACUAUAGUAUUCAGCAGUGUGGGCAUUGAAGAGGCACAGAACGCUUUGAAAGAAACUAAUCAGAAUCUUGGAACAUCAUGAUCAUGCCAUUUUUAAGUAAAUCAACUAUUUUUUCAACACUGAAGAAAAACGAACUGUUAUUUAUAAAACAAUGAAAUUACAAGUUCCAAAUUCAGCCAGGAAUGUGGCUCACACCUGUAAUCCCAGCACUUUGGGACACCGAGGUGGGAGCAUCAGUUGCAGCCAGUAGUUCAAGACCAGCCUGGGCAACAUAGUGAGACCCCUAUCUCUAUAAAAAAUUAAAAAAUUAGCCGGCUGUGGUGGCACAUACUUGUAGUCCCAGCUAUUCAGGAGGUUGAGAUGGGAAGAUCCUGAGCCCAGGAGGUCAAGGCUGCAGUGAGCCAAGAUUGUGCCACUGCACUGCAGCUGGGGUGAUAGUACAAGACCCUAUCUCAACCAAACCAAACCACACACACACACAACACGAGGUCCAAAUGGUAGCAGGGAUGCAAAGGGAACACAAAUAUUUAGAUCAAAGUGGCAGUAACACAGCUUACAGCCUUUGACAAACUAGAAACAUUAGAGUAGGCCAAACACACCUCCAAACUGUCUUAAGCUGUUCACAGACAUACAAAAUGGCAGCCUUCCGUCUCCCGCACUGGCCGAGUCCAUAAGCUGUUCACAGACAUACAAAAUGGCAGCCUUCCAUCUCCCCGCACUGGCUGAGUCCAUUUACUUGUAUACCUGUUCGAGUGAGUGGUAGCACUGUACAUUUUUGAAUAGACCUCAAAAACACUUUUCAUUCUGCUGCUGUUCAGUUGGUUUUUUAAACCCAUCUGCAGUAGGACACUGAAAACAGCGAGAACUUUGGGGUGAACACCUGCUGAUCCUUUAACAAGGAUUUCUGGCAGGAAACUCGAAAAAAGGAGAAGUGAAAAUUUAGACAUACGGUUGGCCACUGUAAAAAACAUCAGUUUCCCCCUCAUACAUUCCAAGUAAACCAAGUAAAAUAAGUGUUGGAGUAACGCUUGCAUGAAAGAAUUUAAGGAGUGAUAACUCUUUCAGUUCUGCCAUUCUCAACAUUCCUGGGGGAAAGGAGUCUCAGUGAGUUAAUACUAUGUCACUGAGCCCAACAUGGAAACUUUAACUAAAACAUCUGUUAACAUAGGCUGGCUGAUUUCUUAAAAAAUUGUUGCAUUGAAGGAUAUUUUGCAUGUCUGUAACACCUGUCAAUACUUGUUUGUGUCGAUUUCUGGUAUUCUUGCAGCUAUGUGUAAUUGGGCAGAUCAGCUUUGCAGUAGAUUAUGCUGCAUCCUUGUGGCAAAAUUCUGUAUUCUUAGUUAUUGUUACAAACCCCUUUAUUGCUGUUUGAAAAAGUGAACAAUUGUGUAUUUCCAGUAAAACAUUUACAAUCAAA